AUGGCAACAGCAAAAAGCGCUUCUUAUGACUAUUUAAUCAAACUCUUACUCAUUGGUGACUCUGGUGUUGGUAAAAGUUGUUUAUUACUUCGUUUCUCAGAUGACUCCUUUACACCUUCUUUUAUUACAACCAUUGGUAUUGAUUUCAAGAUUCGUACUAUUGAACUAGAUGGAAAGCGUAUAAAGUUACAAAUAUGGGAUACAGCAGGUCAAGAACGAUUCCGUACAAUUACGACAGCUUAUUAUCGUGGAGCUAUGGGUAUAUUACUAGUCUAUGACGUUACGGACGAGCGAUCCUUUUCAAACGUUCGAAAUUGGUUUUCCAAUAUUGAACAGCAUGCGAGUGAAGGAGUAAACAAGAUUUUGAUUGGUAACAAAUCGGAUAUGGAAGAGAAGAGGGUGAUUUCGACAAAACAAGGUCAAGAAUUAGCUAAUGAACUUGGUAUUCGGUUUAUGGAAACAAGUGCAAAGGCUAAUAUUGGCGUAGAGGAAGCCUUUUUUGACUUGGCAAGGGAUAUCAAGAAGAGAUUAAUUGAUACACAACAACAAGCACAACAGACACGUCAAAGAGAAGAAGUCAAGUUAGAUACAGGUCAUACAACAAAAACCAACAAUUCUGGCGGCUGUUGUUAAAUUACUUUCUGCUUUCUUUUUUCCUUUUUUUCUUUUUCUUUUUCUUUUCUU